AUGUGCAUGAUUGAAUGUGAGAUGAAUGCGAGUGGGCAUAAAGGACAGAGAAAAUAUGUCGUAUCAUUUUGCCAUGACGUACAUGAGUUUGUUGCCACCUCCUCUUUUCUUCAGCCACCUCCACCUGUCACCUCUCUUUUGUGA